GUUGUGCAGCAUGCACGUGGAGCGGCAGUUCGCCAUGAUCCGCGCCAACAUUGCGCAUGAUUCUGGUCCAGUCUCUGCAGAGAGGAUUUCUGUAACUGGGUAUCUUGCCCAGGUGGAGCGCCAGCAUCGGGCGGCUGGCGGCUCGGCCAUUGGUUCAUUCACUCGGAAAGAUGCGAUUGAUUUGGGCGUUCCCAUUGCUUCUCUGGUGGAGCGCCCAGAGGCGCAGCCAACGAAAGCUCGAGGGCACCUCUCGUUCAUGCAUGCAAAGGUGGCGGCAGCGCGCAGCGCUUUGCAGGAUGGCCAGAAGAUGACGAAGGAUGAGCUCAUGGCCAUUCGCAAAAAUGCUUGCUCUGAGUUCAAGCAGAGCGAUGACGCGGCCAAGUCAGAGUGGGUAGAGAACGCACGGUCAGCUGCGACGUCUAGCGCUGCGGCGCCCCCAGCCGCGCCAGAGACCAGCUGCGCGCAGUUCCGACCUGAUCAGUUGUGGGGCCUUGGCAAUGAGCACGUUUUUCUGACCCCCCAGUGCGCCAUGUGCCAAAUCAAGCGCGUCAUGGGCGAUGACGUGAAGGUAGGCGGCGUCAACACUUUCCAUGAGAAGGUCAGGACUGAGUUGAGGCGCCAGUUGUAUGUCAAGGACGUCCAUGCUAUCCCAGCGGCUCUAGCAGUGAAGAAAGUUCUCACUUGUUCGGCCAGCCAUCAUGGCAUCUGCAAGUCGGCUGACGUCGCUGUCUACAAGGAACUCGGAUGUUUGAUUGCCCGCUUGAACAAUUUCGUGAUGCCGAAGGGGGGCCCCGGCGUUCCUUGCGGCUCUGGCAUCCAGCUGCGCGGUUACAAGGAGGGCCCCCGCGGUUACAAGGAGGGCCCCCUCCAUGAUGCGUUGAAGUUCUUGGUCGCUUACAUUCGGAAGGCCGACCCUGUUCUCUUCAUAGCCGUGCGCCUCGAGGAUGCCGGCGCCCCUGACGUCGCCCAGCUCUCGACCGACAGCGAGGUGUUGAAGUUCAGCUUCGGGUGCGAGGUCGGGGCGUCUCUAUUGCGCGCCAAGUGCGAUCGCGUGUCCGUUGCGGCGUUGAGCAUCGAGUCCAUCAUUGGGACGCGCAGCAAGAUGAAGGCCAAGGCGGGCGCCGAGCUGGACCUCAUCGGCGGAGAAGCGGCAGCGGUGAAGGAUCCGAAGCCCAAGGGGCCUGCUCCGCCGCUUGACCCCCUUGCAGCAGCAAUGGAGAAUGCGUUCGCAGUGGCCCAGACGCGGGGCGGAUCUCUGGACGUGGGCGGGAGCCGCCGCGAUGAUCUAAUUCAGGAUUCUGGCGCUGUUCUCCAUGCCCCUGGCGGACCUGGACCGCCCGGCUCUGCUGGCGCUGCGGACGGCGGCGGCGCGGCCGAGUUGCCGUUGGAGCAUGUCGCCGGCGACUUGGCUGCGGAGCCGCCGCGCGAGUUCGGCACGGAGAUCGACGACGUCCCCGACCGACCAGAUGUCGACGCCGAUCAGGAGAGCGAUAUUGGCGACGCAAUUGGAUCAGGUGCUGCAGUAGCAGAUGCAGUGGCCAAGCCCAAACUCAGAUACGAAGAGUUCGCAGUGAACGAUGAUGCUGGCAUCCUCGGGUAUCUCGUGCACAACAAGAAGAGCGGCAGCCUCGACGCCCACUGCAAGAAUGACGAGCACAAGAGCGGGUCUACCGCGUGCAACUGCAACAGGACUCUCGCGACUUCGGCGAGGAAGAAGGCUCAGGGCAGGCCUGUCGGAUUUCUCGUGGCGCGGUUGCGAGCUUGCAGGGCUUCGAACGAGAGGGGCGACCACGCGCUCCUCAAGCGGGGCAAGGGCGACUUGGCAGAUUUAGUUUCUCUCGAGGCCCGUCGCGCCGCGCGCCGCGACAUCUGCGCAGACCCGGACUUCGUCGAGUGGCUGCGGCGCGCGGGCGCCAAGGAGCGGGACCGGCGCGACAGCGAGGACGAGGGGCCAGAGGGCAUCCCAUGA